CCAGGAGAAUGCUGGCCGUGGUGGUACUGGGGCGCCAGUGCCCAAUCGCCUUGUAACAUUUCUUUGCCCUUCCUUUCCUUGCGGGAACGUGUGUCUUCUUGGCAUUACACUGAUGUGACUUCCCCACCCACCCCCUCUCGCUCUGGAAUGAUGGGGAUCUUUUGGGCUUAUGUUGGAUUCCUUUUCUUGUCAGUAUUAUACAUCCAGCAAGGACUUUCUUCCCAAGCCAAAUUUACUGAAUUUCCUCGAAAUGUCACAGCUACUGAGGGGCAGAAUGUGGAGAUGUCUUGUGCAUUCCAGAGUGGCUCUGCCUCAGUGUACCUGGAAAUCCAGUGGUGGUUUCUGCGGGCAGCUGAGGACCAAGAACCUGGAGCUGAGGUGACGGGCACUCAGGUGGAGCUAUUACCAGAGAGAGAUUUGGACAACGAUGGAACAAAGAUAAGCACAGUGAAAGUACAAGGGAACGACAUUUCCCACAAGCUGCAGAUCUCCAAAGUCAGGAAAAAGGACGAAGGGUUAUACGAGUGCAGGGUGACGGACGCCAAUUACGGAGACCUUCAGGAAUACAAAGCCCAGGCUUAUCUCAAAGUCAAUGCAAACAGCCACUCCCGACGAAUGCAGGCCUUUGAAGCUUCCCCAAUGUGGCUCCAGGAUAAACCUCGCAAGAACAUCUCAGCAGCCAUCCCCAGUAGCAUCCAUAACUCUGCCAGUCAGCGAAUGCGCCCCACCUCCAGCCCUCCAGCCGAUGCCAAAAUCCCCAAACAAAGCCCACAAUCAGCAAAGAGCAAAUCGCCUGUAAAACCUACGGAGCGGACAGCAAAGUUGACCCUAACUUCCAACCACCACCCUGCACCCAAUGUACUCUAACUCUCUACACAAAGGAGCACCUUCUACAGGACACACACACAAAAAUAAAACAAAACAUGAAACAACAUUUUAAAAAGGAGAGAAGAGGCUAGCACAUAGUUUCUUCAUUUCUUACUUUCUUUGGAAUGUAUCACUGAUCUUUUCUUUGAAGGGACCUGGAGUGGUGUAACAGAAGAUUGUUCAACUUGACAAC